UGCCUCAGUAAGAGUAGAGUUGUGUUCACGUUUGGUUGUGUGUUUCCUCUUUCGCCGAAAUAGGCCACACAACCUACGUUCAUUCGUGAAACUAACUCUUCUAUAAAAACCCAAAAAAAAAGUAAAAAAGUUUCCGAAAAAAACGCAUACAAAAAAAUCGCAAAACCGUAGGCGAAAACCGUCGUAACCCUGGCAGUGUGUGAGUGACGGGACGCAACGCAACGCGAUACGAGACAAGAGAGGACUUGGCGCGAGUCGAAGAGAGGACGAGCCAUAUUGCGAGGAAGAAGAGGCGGCGGAGGUGAAGGAGGGGGCGAGAAGCGAAAAACCUCGCGCGUGUGAAGCCAAAGGGAAUUGGAAAGAGCACCGCUCUCUCGAUCCAUCCAUAUUGGUAUAUCUUCUUUCUCCCUCUCUCUCUCUCUCUCUCUCUUUUUCUCUCUCUUUCUCCACCCGGUGAAGACUCGAAGAAGCACGAUACUCCGCAGCCGCCAGCAUCAUGAAUCCCGGAGCGCCCAAUUACCCGAUGGCCUCGCUCUACGUGGGCGACCUGCAUACCGACAUCACCGAGGCGAUGCUGUUCGAAAAGUUCUCGUCGGCAGGUCCUGUACUAUCGAUACGCGUAUGCCGCGACAUGAUCACCCGUCGCUCGCUCGGCUACGCAUAUGUCAACUUUCAGCAACCGGCUGACGCCGAACGCGCCCUCGAUACUAUGAACUUUGACAUGAUAAAGGGGCGGCCUAUUCGAAUCAUGUGGUCCCAGCGUGAUCCCUCCCUACGUAAAUCGGGCGUCGGAAAUGUAUUCAUAAAGAAUUUAGACAAAAACAUAGACAAUAAAGCAAUGUAUGAUACAUUCUCCGCUUUCGGUAACAUACUAAGCUGCAAGGUCGCGCAGGACGAGUCGGGCGCCUCUAAAGGAUACGGUUUCGUCCACUUCGAGACUGAGGAGGCGGCCAACAAGUCGAUAGACAAAGUCAACGGCAUGUUGUUGAACGGCAAAAAGGUGUACGUCGGUAAAUUUAUCCCACGCAAGGAACGCGAAAAGGAAUUGGGCGAGAAGGCCAAGCUAUUCACGAAUGUCUACGUGAAGAACUUCGGUGAGGACAUGACGGACGACAAACUCAAAGAAAUGUUCGAGAAAUACGGGACCAUUACCAGUCAUAAAGUGAUGAGCAAGGACGAUGGCAAAUCGCGCGGCUUUGGAUUCGUCGCGUUCGAGGACCCGGACGCGGCUGAGCAGGCGGUGCUCGAGCUGAACGGCAAGGAGAUCUCUGAGGGCAAGUGCAUGUACGUUGGCCGCGCCCAGAAGAAGGCUGAGCGUCAGCAGGAGCUCAAACGAAAGUUCGAGCAACUGAAGAUCGAGCGAUUGAAUCGCUACCAGGGUGUAAACCUCUACGUGAAGAAUCUGGACGAUACGAUCGACGACGAGCGUCUGCGCAAGGAAUUUACGCCGUUUGGCACGAUUACAUCUGCGAAGGUAAUGAUGGAGGAGGGUCGUAGUAAGGGUUUCGGCUUCGUGUGUUUCUCGCAGCCGGAGGAGGCCACCAAGGCUGUCACAGAGAUGAACGGAAGAAUUGUGGGCUCGAAACCGCUCUAUGUCGCUCUGGCGCAACGGAAGGAGGAUCGUAAGGCGCAUCUCGCCUCUCAAUACAUGCAACGCAUGGCGAACGUACGCAUGCAACAAAUGGGCCAGAUAUUCCAGCCUGGUAAUGCCGGCAGUUACUUCGUUCCCACAUUGCCGCAACCGCAGCGCUUCUACGGACCUGCUCAGAUGGCUCAGAUCCGCGCCACUCCGCGCUGGCCAGCGCAACCGAAUCAAGUACGACCGAACGCGCAGACCGGAAACUCCGGAUUCGCAUCCAUGCAAUCCGCACCUUUCCGAGCUGCGCCGCGCGCCCCUGCCGCACAGGCUGGCGCCUUGCGUAACAGCAUGUCCGCCAGACCUAUCACAGGUCAACAAGCAGUCGGUGGUGCCAACAUGCAGAGCCGUUCCAUGGCCGGGCCCGCUGUCGGGGUUUCGCCCGGUCAGAGCCGUCCGCCGAACUACAAGUACACCGCGAACAUGCGCAACCCGCCGCAAACGGCUAUGGCGCUACCUGCACCGAGCGGCCCCUCGGUACAGCAGGCCGUACAUAUCCAAGGCCAGGAGCCGCUCACCGCGUCGAUGUUGGCAGCGGCGCCGCCGCAGGAGCAAAAGCAGAUGCUGGGCGAGCGAUUGUUCCCGCUCAUUCAAUGCAUGUAUCCGUCGCUGACCGGCAAGAUCACCGGUAUGCUGUUGGAGAUCGAUAACAGCGAGUUGCUUCAUAUGCUGGAGCACAACGAAUCCUUGAAAGCUAAGGUCGAAGAGGCCGUGGCCGUGUUACAGGCUCAUCAAGCCAAACAAGCUGUUGCACCGAAAAAGGAAUAAGAAACCGUGCUUUGUGAGGUCGGACUUUUUGUUUGAAAACAGUGUUCAAUUAUUUUAAAUUUGCGAUUAAAUUGAUAUAAAAUUAUAUAUGAUAAUCUCUCUUUUUUUAUUUAUUUUUUUGAAUUAGACGCGAUUAAGUUCAUAUAUUUGAAUGUAAAAUGCCUUCCCCCAUCUAAAAAAGUCUUAUGAUAAUAAAUUUUUCUUUCAAGAUAUAUUCAUGUCUUUCUCUUUUUUUUUACUCUAAGCGUUGAUAGCAACAAUCGCACACGAAUCGCCGCCUGUUUUUGAAAAUAAAUGUGUUGCGUAAAAAUAUACGUAAACCUAUAUUUAGAAUUUAAAUUUAAAAGUUUAAUCGCGUCUACUUUGGGGGGAAAAAAUGAAAAAAGAGAGAUUAUUAUAUGUAAUUUUAUAUUAACUCACAAUUAUAAAUUCAGAAAAAAAUAGAAAUAUUGAGAAAAAGAAAAUAAAAAGAAAUGAAACAAAGAUUGUCACAUGUAAUUUUAUAUCAAUUUAAUGGCACUUUUGAAGUAAUUGCACAUUGUUUUCAAAAAGUCCGAUUAAAAAUAACAAUAAAAAUAAAAAAAUGGAUUAAAUCGCGUUCGGCGAACGUAAUGGUUAGACGAUCAGUUUUCAGAAAAACCAAGUCGAGGUAUAGAUAUUUGAAAAAAACCGAUCAGUGUUAGCGGCUAACAAUUGUUGCUUAACAGCAUCUACAACUAUUGCGUCCGCUGAUCGCAUUUUUUUGCAUUUUUCCCUUGCGUAUUUUCCUUUCCUAAACAUAUAUCUUUAAUUUAAGAAAACGAUUAGAGAGAUGGUUGCAGCAUUUCUAUCGAAUAUCUUUUGUCUUCUGCAGUUGUCCUUUACAGUUUAUCGAGAGAUAGAUAACGGUUAUACUUGGCUCGUUUUAAGUUCUGCAACUGUCGCAGACUCUCUACGUAAAAUGAUACUUGAGCGAUAAGAGAGAUUAAUGUCAUCAGUUCGUAAGAAGUUUCAUUUUUUUUUUUCUUUUUCCUAUACUUUAUGCCCGUGACUGCUUUAGAUCUCGAAUAUGUACGCGUAUUUCUUUCCAAGAUAAUAAAUUUUUUGAUCUACGAUUGCA